UAUAAGAAGGCCAAGCCCCUGUCAGAGAGUUACAAUUUUUCAUUGCUAAACAAAAUACUGCACAACAACAUCAUAGAGCCUAUCAUCCCUUCAGUAGUCAUGAAGGUUGCAUCUUUCAACAUCCAGAAAUUUGGGAAGCGAAAGCUAUCAAACCCAAACACCCUUGCUACCCUUGUGAAGAUUGUGUCUCGCUAUGACAUCAUAGUGAUUCUGGAGGUGGUGGAUGAAAGAGGCACUUCAGUGAAAAAGUUCCUGGAGGAAUUAAAUAAGGCCAAUAAGAAGCAACACUACACUCUGCAAAUCAGCACUCGUCUGGGAAGAGACAAAUACAAGGAGCAGUUUAUGUUUCUGUACAGGGAUGAUUUGGUGGACUUGGUUGGUUCCUGGCAAUAUGAGGACAACCAGGUUGGAGAUGUGGACGCCUUCGCCAGGGAGCCUUACAUUCUCCGCUUCAAAUGUCUCAACACUUUGCUGGAGGACUUGGUACUGAUCCCAGUGCACACCAAGCCUGACGAUUCAGUGAAGGAGCUGGAUGAGCUUUAUGAUGUCUUCCUGGAAGUGACAAAGAAAUGGAAGACUGAUAACGUUAUGAUCCUAGGUGACUUCAAUGCAGACGGUUCCUACCUUUCUAAAAAGGCCAUGAAAGCCAUCCGUAUCCGCAGUGACAAAAAGUUCCACUGGCUGAUUGAAGAUGAUGUGGAUACCACAGCAAACACAGGCAACGAUAACACUUAUGACAGGAUUGUAAUCUAUGGGGAUGACAUGCUUGACGCCGUCGUGCCAAACUCUGCCAAACCAUUCAACUUCCAGAUCGCAUACGGACUUUCUGAAGAAGAUGCCCUGAAAGUGAGCGACCAUUACCCUGUGGAGGUAGAGCUGAAAAGGAAAACACCAACAGAACAGAGCUCUGCGACUGGGAAAUAGAACCCUGUACAUGGACAGGAAGGAGGAAGUGAGUGAAGAGGUGAUGGAGAAGAAGCCUUAUCCAACCAGAGAAGCUGAAUUUAGAGAUACUGGUGCUGAAGAUGCGGAUGGUCAAGCUUAGGAACACUUACGUUGAUCUAAUUAAUGAAAUUAUAUGCCAUUUAGCAGACGCUUUCAUCCAAAGCGACUUACAGUCAUGUGUGCAUACAUUCUACUAUGGGUGGUCCCGGGAAUCGAACCCACUACCCUGGCGUUACAAGCGCCAUGCUCUACCAACUGAGCUACAGAAGGAUCUGUGAUUCAAUCUUACCACAAUACUAGUCAUAUUAAUAUUGUAUAUCAUAUUUGUAUGUCUAGUAUAGCUACUGAUCUAAUACUGAUGUGUAUCUUGACAGAAUCUCAAAUAAAGAUGAUGGAGUGAAAA